AAAGGAAGAGGCAUUUUGGUAUAUGUCCUUUCCUCCAUUCCUAGUUUGUUGGUUUGUAUAGAUUUCUAACUCAUUUCUUUCUCUCUCCUCUCCUUUCUUUUUCUCUUUCUUCUAUCUCUCAGAAAGUGGGUGGCCCAGCAGAUCCAAUGCUACAAGUUUUCAUCUUUUUCACUCUGUCAAUCUUAUGGAAUACCUUCAUUUUCUUCAAUUCUGAGAAUUACCCACUUCAUUUUUUGAUGUUUUAGCUUUUCAACAACAAGAUUACUCAACUGGGUUUUCAGGGUAAUUAUGCAGUGCCAAAGCUACUUUCCAGUGUUCCGUUCGCAUUAUGAUCUCAAUGUCGAUGCUAAUGGAGGUGCUACCGCUACGCCCGUGUAUAAUGGCAAUGGAGCCUUUGGAAGUGGACACUACAAUGAUUAUGUGUCACCUUUGCCAAUUCCAGGAGGGCCCUUCGCUUAUAAGGAAUUAUUGCGUCAGACAAUGCUCAUGCAUGAAGUUACAUUCAAGGAUCAGGUUCAAGAAUUACAUCGUCUUUAUAGAAGACAGAAAGAAAUGAUGGGAGAAAUUAAAAGCAAGGAACUGUAUAUCAAUCAUUUACCUUUGGAGGUCCAGAGCUCAACUUCGUCGUCAGCAAUAAUCUCGGCCAGAUGUGGCGAGAAUACUCUCCAUAGUCGUCCAUUUAUUAAUUCUCACUGUCCACCAUACUCCACAGGUAGAGAUAAUAUUCAAGCAUUUCUCAGCUCUGUGAAAGAACCUAUACCACCUGUCAGUCCUAUUGCUUCACGAAACGGGGAUAUAUUGAAUUACAUGCCUUCUGCAGAAUCUAAGGUCAAGAAGAUCAAAGGAAAGUUAUUAGAUCUUGAGCUUCCUGCUGAGGUGUACAUCGAUAGUGAUGAAGAGGAACUUUUAGACGAUUUGGAAUUCGUUAAGGCCCCUACACCUGCCACUAAUAAACGCUCCAAAGUUGUGGUUGGGACUGAUGUAUCAGCUUCUAGUGCAAAUGGGUCAUCAGAACAUGAAUUACUAGGAGAGCUCCCUAGUUUUUGUUCAUUUUCAGGGAACAAAACUAAUUUGGCGGACUUAAAUGAACCAUUGGAAAUUUCUUAUUUGGAAGAGAGUGGUAGGGACAAGAGAACAAACUCUUGUGUGGAAAUUUCAGAAAUCAAUCAUGAUCUGUCCAAUAGCAGGAAUACAACAUCACAUGCUGCUGCUGAUAAACAGACCAUGAUAUCUCAUGCUCAAUCUGGCAAGGCUAAACCUGAGGCGGGGUCUGCUUCGUCUAGCAGAAAGUCUUCCAUCUAUUUGGGGCAGAGUCCUCUUGUGGUUCAAGGACUUCCCUCCUUCAAUAGUCAACUGUCCUCCAGUAAAGGUGCUAAAAUCUGCAGCAGACAAAAAGGGACUAUUAAUAAGAAAGCUGAUGUUAGUCCACGCUGUAGUCCAAAUCGUAGUGUAGAAAAAUCCUUAAAAAGCAGCUGUUCUGAGUCCAAGUCGAAAGAUUCAGUGGUUUGCAUGUCACCCACAACUCCCAAUUUAAACUGCAUUGAUUUGAACUCUGCCACAGUUGCAAACUUAGAAUUCACACCUCCGGGGGAUAUAUCAUGUUGCAAAACUUUUACGAAAGUUGAAAUUUUAGAGAAGUUCAAGAGAUGUAGAAUGAUUGAUAUCAACUUGCCAUGUGACCCUGCGACAGAUGAAGAGUCACUUGUUCAGGAUGAUUCAAUUGGACACGAUUAUGAAAACCCUAGUUCGGUGAUCUUGGAUUUCUGUAUGGAUGAUGACGGAUUACAACCAAAGUCAUCCUCUUUGGCCAAAACUCCGUCAGAAGUUGACUUGGAGGCACCUAUUAGCCCAGAAGUGGAGGAGCGCUCACCACCUAGAGGAGACUCUGAAGAGAAUCAGUCAGAAGAGGAUGGUAACCACUUUGAGGAACUUGCAAAGAUUGCAGCUGAGGCCAUUAUUUCCAUUUCCUUGUCUAAAUCUCCAUCAUACACGGCAAGCAUGUGCUUGCAAAAAUGUGAACCUUCUGACGGUGGAAAUCUAGAAUGGUUUGCUGGGUUAAUUUGUUCUUUUUCCAGUGACCCAGAGAAUGAUUUUGAGGUAAUAAACUGCAAGAAUACUUCCAAUAUUGAUGAUUAUGAGGCCAUGACAUUAGAGCUCACUGAAACGAAAGUGGAAGACUAUUGCUGCAGAAUUAGUGUCCAAAAUGCAAGUGAUACAUGUUCGAUGUUGUUGCCUUGCCAGACAAGAAAGGGUAGAACGAGGAGGUCAAAAAGGAAGGACUUCCAAAGGGAAAUUCUGCCUUCUCUUGCUUCUCUCUCGAGGUAUGAGGUUACCGAGGAUAUUCAGAUGAUAGAAGGGCUAAUGGAAGCUGCAGGCACUCCUUGGAAUCUAAGUAGGACAAGGCGUACCUGUAGAAUGGGAAGAAAACCCCGGAUGGUCAAGCAGCCAGAUUUUGAUGAUGAAGUACCCGAGUUGAGGACCCUCAUCAGCUGGGAUAAUGUCAACAGGCGGCCUAGAGGUCGAAGAAGGCCUGCUAGUCCUACUGUUUUAUCGAAAUGGGUUGAGUAUGCUAUUUGAGAGAAUUGCUUACAGUAGAACUAUGUGGUUUCCACAUAAAAAUCAUGUAUUUAUAUACUCAUUGAUAGGAUGGCUCUCUUCUUCAUUGUUAACUUAGGAUUAUUAUUAUUUAGGGGAGGAAUGAAGAUAUAGAGCUUGGAUAUUGUUUCCAUCAUGUCUGAGAUAGAUAUGGUACAGUAGUCAAUUGUCACAAUCUAAUGCUGACUUUCUAUUUACACUUUUCUUUGUGACUUACAGUAUUUGAGAAAGUUAGCAAAGAGAGUGGCUGUUCAGUGUAUUUUGGAAUUGGAAAAAUAGAUCAUUUCUUUUCCUUU